AUGGCGCUGGCUUUGGUCAUCCUUCUCGCUGGUAUCAUCGGCCACUACGUCGAAGCCCAUCUCGCCCAUCAUACCCUUCCUGCCUGCCGCUAUCUGUACUCGUCGUAUGACCAGCUGCUCGCGGUCUACAUUCCCAUGGUCUACAUCGGUGGCAUCGUCGUCGCUGCCCAUCAUGGACACGGCGGCCGCGGUCACGUCGGCGGCGGUGGCGGCGGACACUCGCAUGGAGGACAGGAGCUGUCGGAAGAGAUGCUGCACCAGCUCCAGCACCAGCUCCAGAUGCAGAUGCAGAUGCAGAUGCAGGUGCAGAUGCAAGAUCAGGGUCAGGACCAGGGUCUGGGCCACGGCGUCAACGGUGCGAGUCCGCUGCUGUUCCAGAUGCCGCUGGCGGCACUGCCGGCAAACGAGCCCCGGGUGUGA